AUGGCCUCCACCGCCACCGUCGAGCCCUUCCACUCUCCCGAGGGGUUGGAUAUGGGUAUCAACUUCGGUGCCACUGUGUCCAAUGUGGACGUAGAGCGUCUGACCGAUGCCGACUUUGGUAUCAUCCGUGAUGCCCUCUUCCGCCACCAGGUGCUGGUGUUCAAGAAACAAGGCGGCCUUUCCUCCAGUGCCCAAUUCGAGUUGACCCGACGUUUCGACCCCAGCGCAACCUCAUACGGCCAUGGCAAGACCAUCGACGCAAAGCGAAGCAUUCUCCACCCGGACUUGAAGACCAUUCCGCAUCAACCGCAAGUUCAGGUCAUAGGGAACGGGUUCGUACAGGAAUACGAGGGACUGAAGGACAUUCGCCUGAAGCACCCGCAUCACAAGACCUUCCAUGACACGUGCAUCCCCCCCGAGGACGAUCUCGACUUCACGCGCUUCUACCGAUGGCACAUUGAUGCGGCACUGUACGGUCUUGCACCGCCAGUGGCGACGACCCUUCUUGCCGUCAAGGUUCCAGGUGGACGGCGGCAGACGUGCCGCUACGAUGACGGGACAGGCGAUGAGCUACAAGUCCCGCUCGGGACCACCGCGUUUGUUUCAGGCGAGGCAAUGUACGACAUCUUGCCGGAUGAGGACAAGGAGUUCGCCCGGACCACCAAGGUCGAAUACGCACCGCACCCUUAUGUGUGGAUGAGCUCGGCCAAAUCGCGCCCAGACGGACUUGGCAUGCUGUCGCAGGGCCUCGAAGUACGGUUGGAGCAGCUGCCUCCCAUCGAGGAGGACAAGAUCCAGGUUCUGCCCAUGUGUUGGCGAAACCCGGUUACUGGAAGGCUCGCCAUACAAGUGCACCCGUCAGCAGUGCGAAAGCUGCACUUGGCUGAUGGCACUGUGAUUGAUGAUCUGGUCGAGGUACGGAAGACGGUUCAUCGCUUACAGCGCCCCGGGAUUGCGCCCCAUCUGGUGUAUACGCACGACUGGGAGCAGGAGGACCUGGUUCUUUUCCAUAACCGCGGCGUCCUUCACAGUGUCGUGGGUGCCUUUGCGGAGGAUGAAGUGAGGUUGUUUCGGCAGUGCAACAUGGCCGCCAGUCAUUUCCCCGAGGGCCCUCUGCAAGUCAGCGCCAAGGCUUGA